UGUAUAUAUAAGCUUAUAGUUUAGAGCGAGACUUUGACCUUUGAUCCGAUUUGCACAUUUAUCAAAUCUAAGAUCUCUGGUGCGAUUUGUUUUUCUUCCCAGAAAAUGCACUGUUAGCAGUUGUAUUCCUGUAACUCUCUUUCUCUGAGAACAGCGAAAUCCGAGUUCCGAAAUGGCCGAACAACCGCAAAAACCGGUACUCCAAAAACCGCCAGGAUACCGGGACCCGAGUCGCCCGAUCCAACCAGGCCCGAGACCGCCGCCCCGCAAACCGGCCUUCCCGCCAUCUUUCACACCGAAGAAGAGGCGCAGAAGCUGUUGUCGUGCAUGCUGCUGCUUCCUCUUCGUCUUCGUUCUCGUCCUCCUCCUCGUCGUCGCCGUCGCCUUUGGCCUCUUCUACCUCUGGUUUCAACCGAGACUCCCAGUUUUCCACCUGCAGUCUUUCCGGAUCCCACGGUUCACCGUCACCACCAAAGCCGACGGCACCUACCUCGACGCGCAUACGGUGACGAGGGUCGAGGUGAAGAACCCGAACGGGAAGCUGUCGUUGUUCUACAAGCAGAGUACCGUCGCGGUGACUUUUUCUGCGGGUCACGAUGAGGACACGGAGGUGGGGUCGGAAGACGUGCCGGAGUUCACUCAGGGGAUGACGAACAUAACGAGCAUGAAGGUGGAGACAGGGGUGAAGAACCAGCUGGUGGAUGAUGGAGAGGGAAGGAAGCUCAAGGCUCGGUUCCAGAACAAGGAAUUGGUGGUGAACGUGGAGGUUCGGAGUGGGGUGGGAUUCUAUGUGGAUGGGCUUAGGAUAGGGCCCUUGGCAGUGAAGGUUUUGUGUGGUGGUGUGAGCUUGAAGGUGCUCGAGACUGGAGACAUGCCUAAAUGUACCGUCACAAUUCUCAAAUGGGUAAACAUAUCUUGAUAAGGUUGUCAGGUUCGAAGAUGGCUGCUGGUGGAAGAUGUGAUAUUGCUUAUUGUUUAGGCAAUUUUCUGCAAACAACAUGCACAGGAACGUAACCAGUGUGAUCAGUUUUAUAUUUAAAGUAAACCAUGAUAUACAAUAUUCUUUACUUGGGAAAGAGAAAAGGGUGAUUGGAAGGUAUAUAUACAAUAGUACUCUGACUGGUGUCCAUCCCUAAGCUUUGGAUCCUUCUUAUGUAUAAUGGGAAUCACAUAAUUAUAUGAUAUAUAUAUAUA